UUUCAACUGAACAGUUACAAUAUGAAGAUUUUAAUUGCUGUAGCUCUAGCUCUAGCCUUUGCCACCGCUUCUGCGGAGGAACUUUAUUCGCGCAAUGUCGUGAUGCCAGUUAUUGGGAAUAAUGAGGACCGUAUUACAAAUGGCAACACUGCCACCGUUGGCCAAUUCCCCUAUCAGGUGGGUCUCUCCUUGCAAUUAAAUGCAUUUAUGAGUUCCUGGUGUGGUGGAUCUUUGAUCGGCAAGGAAUGGGUUUUGACUGCUGCUCACUGUACCGACGGAAUAUCCGGAGUCACUGUCUACUUGGGUGCUACCGUCCGCACAUCUGCAGAAAAAACCUAUAAAGUUAACAAAAAGAAUAUUAUUAUUCAUCCUGAAUGGACGCCCAGCAACUUGAGAAAUGAUAUUUCUUUGAUCAAAAUUCCCGCCGUCGCUUUUUCUGCCAAGAUUCAAGCCGUUAAAUUGCCCGCCAUCUCUAACUCUUACUCUACCUAUGCUGGUGAUUACGCCAUUGCCUCUGGUUGGGGCCGCAUCUCCGAUGCUACCUCGGGUGUUACCAAGAAGUUGCAAUGGGCGCGCAUGCAAGUCAUUAACAACAACGAAUGCGCCACCUCUUAUGGAAGCUCCAUUGUUGUCCCAUCCACCCUAUGUGUCUCGACCCCUGGUGGUGUGUCCACCUGCAAUGGUGACUCUGGUGGUCCAUUGGUUUUGGAAUCCACCAAAGUUCAAAUUGGCUUGACCUCUUUCGGUUCCUCUGCUGGCUGCGAAAAAGGCUUCCCUGUUGCCUUUACACGCUUGACCAGCUACUUGGACUGGAUUAAGGCCAACACUGGCAUCGCAAAUUGAAUAAAAUGUUGUAUAUGAUAAUAAAAAUGGUUUCAAAGCUCAUUUUUGUAAAACCAUGGAAA